GCGAGAAACGUAGAGAGAGACAGCAAUGGCUCAGUCUCACUGCGUAAACUCUCCGACCACUCUCACCGGAAAGCUCUCCUUAAGAGCUUACACUCCAUCUGCGUCCUCACACUCCCUUAGAACAUUCGUCUCUAGCAAAUUUAAUCGUAGAAUGUUUUGCUCGAUGGUGAUUUCAGCAUCAUCGUCGCGUUCUACAGUUUCCGGCGGACCCCCAAAAUCGCUAUUGUUGGACAACAGCGAACGCAAGAAUGAAUUGAUGGAUGCUAUCAAUAGCUCUCUGUCCGGUUGUCUAUCUGAAACUCACCUCGAUUCAGCUGUUCCCGGUCUCAAUUCAAAGACCAGAGGCAAGGUGAGGGAUAUCUAUGAUGGAGGAGACUAUCUUGUCCUGGUCACAACUGAUAGGCAGAGUGCUUUUGACAGGGUUCUUGCUUCAAUUCCUUUCAAGGGACAGGUACUGAAUGAAACUAGUCUCUGGUGGUUUAAUCAAACUCAGCACAUUAUUCCAAAUGCAGUUGUCUCGUCUCCGGAUAGGAAUGUGACGAUUGCGAAGAAAUGCUCGGUUUUCCCUGUUGAAUUUGUUGUCAGAGGUUAUGUGACCGGAAGUACCGAUACAUCACUCUGGACUGUCUACCAAAAGGGUGUGCGGAACUAUUGUGGCAAUGCGCUUCCUGAUGGUAUGGUGAAAAACCAAAAGUUAGCAGCAAAUAUACUCACUCCGACUACUAAAGCAGCAGAUCAUGAUGUUCCAAUUACACCUGAAGAGAUUAUCCGGAGCGGGUUGAUGUCUGAAUCCGACUAUGUUGAAGCAAGUAAAGCAGCACUAAGUCUGUUUGAGUAUGGGCAGCGCAUUGCACGGGAGCAUGGACUGAUUCUGGUGGAUACUAAAUAUGAAUUCGGUAAAGGAUCUGAUGGUGCAGUGCUCUUGAUAGAUGAGGUGCAUACACCAGACUCAAGCAGAUAUUGGAUUGCUGAUUCUUAUGAAGAUCGCUUUCAGAAUGGCCUCGAGCCUGAAAACAUCGACAAGGAAUUUCUGAGGUUGUGGUUCAAAGACAAUUGCAAUCCUUACGAAGACGAGGUUUUGCCCGAAGCACCCACAGAGCUCGUCUCUGAAUUAUCUUGGCGGUAUAUCCACUUAUAUGAGACGAUCACGAAAUCGAAGUUUGAACUGCCCUCGACUAAGGAACCUAUACAUGACAGGAUAUCCUCGAACGUUGCUCGUGUCCUCUCGUCUCUUCUGUAGAAAAUCACCAGCAUUCUGGUCCUCUCAUGCUGUGUUCGUUCGUGUUCGUGUUGGGGGUCGUGAGAUCGGGGAAGCUGUGUUGUGUAAUUUGUAGUUAGGAUUUUCAUUUGGGAACAUGCUCUGUAUAAACUUCACCAACUUGUUAAAUUUCAAAGGAAUUGACAUGGUUGAGGUA